UAACUUUCCUACAGGUCAGAACUCUCACUCAUCCUCAGGCUCCUUCCCCAAUUUUUCCCCCAAAUCACAAACCCUAACCCUAGAAUUCAAUUCUCAAUUAAAAAUGGUGUGCAUAAGGAAAGCAACAGUUGACGAUCUUCUGCAGAUGCAGGCCUGCAAUUUGCUCUGCUUACCGGAAAACUACCAGAUGAAAUACUACCUCUACCACAUCCUUUCAUGGCCGCAACUUCUCUACGUCGCCGAAGAUUACAACGGAAAAAUCGUCGGCUAUGUAUUGGCCAAAAUGGAGGAAGAAAGCUCGGAAUGCCAUGGUCAUAUCACCUCCCUCGCUGUUCUUCGCACUCAUCGCAAACUAGGGUUAGCGACGAAGCUCAUGUCGGCGGCUCAAGCUGCCAUGGAACAUGUUUAUGGUUCUGAGUAUGUGUCUCUCCAUGUUAGGAAGAGUAAUCGUGCUGCUUUUAGGUUGUAUACCGAAACUUUGGGUUAUCAGAUUCAUGAUAUUGAGGCUAAGUAUUAUGCUGAUGGGGAGGAUGCUUAUGAUAUGAGGAAACAAUUGAAGGCAAAAUCUGGACACGGACAUAGUCACGGUCACAGUGGUCAUGGUCAUGGACAUCAUCAUCAUGGCGGGGAUUGCUGCUCUGGUGGUGGUCGUAGUGGGGAGGCAGGGAAGGCAGGGAAGGCGGCAGCGACUGCCAGUCUCCAGACGGUGGAGUGAAUUGAGAGGUAAUACGGAUGAUAUUUUUGUUGGGGAUAGUGAUGGUGGAUGCCUACAUGUGUUUAUUCGUAAUAACUGAAGAUUUCUUUAAAACAUGUGAUUAAGUUACCAUUAUUGUGCUUUUGUACUUGAAUUGUGGUUAUGAGAGGUUAUCAGUUAAUGUUAUAUUUUGAAAAUAUUGUUGGUGCUUGCA